GUUGCAGUGGGUUUUCUUACAGGUCUAGCUAUUACAGCAGGUGCCCACAGAUUGUGGUGUCAUCGAGCUUAUAAAGCGAAGUGGCCGAUGAGAGUUAUUCUUAUGAUUCUACAGACCGCUGCUUUCCAAAAUCACAUUUACGAAUGGGUAAGGGAUCACCGAGUACACCAUAAAUUCACGGACACGGAUGCGGAUCCGCAUAAUUCGAAGAGAGGCUUCUUCUUCUCGCACGUAGGCUGGCUGUUGAUCCGCAAGCAUCCGGACGUUAUUAGUAAGGGAGCCACGAUCGACAUGAGCGAUCUCGAGAAAGAUCCUAUCGUCGUCUUCCAACGUAGGUACUACGCUGUUCUGAUGCCUGUUUUAUGCUUCGUGCUUCCCAUGUUGGUACCAAUCUACUUUUGGAACGAGAAACCCAUUUACGCGUGGUACUGUGCCGUUUGCAAAUACGUAACAGUGUUGAACAUAACUUGGUUGGUAAAUUCCGCGGCCCAUAUGUGGGGUACGAAACCGUACGACACCUCCAUUAGUGCCACUAACAGCUAUGGUGUCAGUUACCUAGCUUUCGGCGAGGGCUGGCACAAUUACCAUCACGUGUUUCCAUGGGAUUACAAGACCAGCGAAUUAAACAACUAUGGCUCAAACUUCACCUGUGCUUUCAUCGACUUUUUCGCCUGGCUCGGCUGGGCGUACGAUCUGAAGACCGUGGGACACGACUUAAUAAAGAAACGCGCAGCCAGAAUAGGCGACGGUUCGAUAUAUGAGCGCACGGGUGAUCUUAAUGAUGAACAUCAUCAUACGCAAGAGAAAAUUAUAUGGGGAUGGGAGGACGCUGAUAUGUCAGUGGAGGAUAAGCUGGCAGCGGAGAUACUCAACAAGGAGUCCCGAGAUUAAAAUCCUCAAAAUUUUUGACAUAACAUUACAGUUGGAAUUACGUAGAAAGUGUCGUCCGACAGUCGUUUGGGUGUACAAUAGUUAUGUAUGAUAAAUGCAUAAUGAUAUCGGUAAUUAACGGUGAAAGGUUAACAUAUAUCGUUAUAUAUGUAAAGUUUCGUAUUUAUCUGUUAUAGAGGUUUAGUAUUUAUGCUUUUGACGAUUGCGUAUGUCUCUGGCAAGGAACAGCUCGGCCAUUACACUAGCCGCUAGUAUUGGAGACGGCCAUUUUGUUACAAAUAAAUGGAGAAAAUGUCACCAUGGA